AGAAAAAGCUCAAAGUAGGCUAUUCUUUGGAACAGUCAGAAGAGGCAAAGUAAGAAUAAGACAGGAUUUGAGAGAAACCAAGGAAGUCUUGUUGUAAAAGGGCAAAAGUGCCCUGUGCCCAGGUCUGGAAUGGCUUUCCAUUUUCUGGGUUACACUGUUCCAGUCCUGUUAUUGGCAUGCUUUACUGCUGUGGCUGCUCAAAAUGCCUGUGGACCACCUCCUAGAAGAGAACGUGAACAACCUAUGGAAGAACUGGAUGCAGAGACAUAUGUACAUGGACAUGUAGUAUCAUAUAAAUGCCGCCCUGGGUAUGUUAAAGCUUGGCAUAUUAGACUUAAAUGUAAUGAUGGAGUCUGGCAACAAUUGGCACCUUCUAAGAGCUGCACAGGAAUAUCUUGUGGCCACCCAGGAGAUUCUGAUUAUGCCAGUUUUGAACUUGACCGUGGAGAGGAUUUUACUUUUGGUGCCCGUGUUGUUUAUACGUGUAAUGAAGGGUAUAAGAUGCUCAGCCAAUUUGAUUACCGUGAAUGUCGAGCAAAUGGAUGGACCAAUGAGGUUCCUCAUUGUGAAAUCAACAAAUGUCGUCCAAUAGUACUACCAAGCAAUGUGAGAAUUAUUCAGGGUGCAAAAUCUCAAAUGAAUGAAGAUUUUUUAUCUGGUGAUCUAGUGAUAUUUGGAUGUAUUGGAAAGUUGAAAAUCAAAGGAUCUAAUAAAAUUACCUGUACAGCUGAUGGCACUUGGAGUGCACCUGUUCCAGAAUGUAUAGAAAUAACUUGCCAGGCAGACCAUAUUGAAAAUGGAAACAUACUAUCUCCAAAAUUCAUUUAUAAGGAAGGUGAGAGAAUCCGAUUCACCUGUAUUGAAGGAUACACAUUUGCUGACAGACCAGAUGCAUUGUGUACCGAGAAUGGAUGGGGUUCAAAGCUUCAAUGUAAAGAAAUUCAGUGUUUCCCUCCAGAAAUGACAAAUGGCCGCUUUCGACCUAGACGAGCUCAAUAUACAUACAAUGAUGAAAUUGAGACAAUAUGUGAUGAAGGGUUUGUCCAUGGAGGACCAAGAAAAGUUUCCAUAUGCACUGCAAGUGGUUGGAAUCCUCCUGCUUUCUGUAAACAAAUUCAGUGUGUCCCUCCACAAAUGACAAAUGGCUACUUUCGACCUAGACGAGCUCAAUAUACAUACAAUGAUGAAAUUGAGACAAUAUGUAAUGAAGGGUUUGGUUUUGAAGGGCCAGGAAAAGUUUCCAUAUGCACUACAAGUGGUUGGAAUCCUCCUGCUGUCUGUAAACAAAAGGUCUGUGACUAUAUCCGCAUAGAAAAUGGAAGAAUGACGGAUUAUUUGGAACGGUACAAACCAUUUCCAAUACGGCAUCGACAAACAAUUCAGUUUCUUUGCUCCCCUGGUUUUCUGGCUGCAGACAAACAGAAUAGAUGGCAAACAGCUACAUGCUUCAAUUCCCGCUAUGUCCCAGAACCAAAGUGUUUCAAAGCAUGUGAUCCUUCUCAAUAUAUUUAUUAUGGUGGCUUCAUUUAUAAUUACUGGAACACGUACAUAGAAGGUGACAACAUUACAUUUGCUUGUAAUAAGGGAUAUUCUCCUGCAAACCAGCAGUCAACAGUCACUUGCACAAAAAGGGGGUGGUCACCUCCUCCAAGAUGUAUUGUAACAGAAGUUGAACACACCUGUAAGGUUCCUCUAUUCCAAGGGCAUUUUGUACCGGAGCAACAGAGUUUUCGGAUCAAUGAUAAAGUAAAAUAUAUUUGUCAGGAUGGCUAUACAACCUCAAAAGGAGAGACUGAGGUAGAGAUACAGUGCCUUACAGAGGGCUGGAGCCCAGAGCCAGAAUGUAUCAGGACAUGCUUAGAGUCACCUGCAGAUAAUUUUAUCUUCAACACAACUAAGCCUGUUUUUUUUCCUGGAGACGUACUUCACUAUGAAUGUAAAGAGGGGUUUGAAAUCACUAAAAGUAGCAUCAGUGACACCGUGAUGUGCACUGAGAAAGGUUGGGAACCUACUCCUCCUAGAUGUGUGGCAUUUCUAUGUCAUGCUCCAUUUUUGGAAAAUGGCACAAUUGAUCCAAGAGAGGACGUAUUUCAGCAUAAAAUGGUGGUGCAUUUUAACUGUGACACAGGAUUCACAAGAGUUGGCCCUGAAUCUGCACAAUGUUAUCACUUUGGAUGGUCUCCACUGCCUCCAGUCUGUAAAGAAAAUGUUAAAUCUUGUCAGGCAUUACCCAGGAUUUCACAUGGCAUGGUUACCGGUGAACGUAAAGCAGUAUAUCAGCAUGGUGAUCUUUUGGAAGUUCAGUGUGAUAUCUCAUUUGCACUUCAUGGAUCAAAAAUCAUAGAGUGUGUGGAUGGUGAAUGGGCACCCUUACCAUCAUGCAUAGAAGAAGCAAAAACUUGUGGACCACCUCAAAAAAUUACAAAGGGAAGUCCUGUUGAUGCUACGGCAUCCAUAUACAGGCAUGGUGAAACCGUGGAAUACAAAUGCCAAAAACGAUCUGUCAUUAUUGGGACCAACCCAGCCAAGUGUCUUCAUGGACAAUGGGAACUACCAUCAUGUCUUGUUAAUCCACGAAGUUGUGCACGUCUACAGCAUGCAGACUUUCAACCAGGAAAUUUGUUUAAGACCAACCAGUUUGCAACCUACCGCUGUGGUUCCAAUCUGCAGCGAACAAAAUGUGUUGAUGGAUCAUGGUUUCCCAAGCCACAGUGUAAAGAAACCUGCCCUCCACCACCUCAGCUUCCCAAUGCCAUUAAUAUAGCCGAGAUGAGAAUCUACAGGAGCGAAGAAGAAAUCAGCUUCCAGUGUCAAGAACAUUUCCUUCUUCAAGGCCCACAAAAAAUAAAGUGUGAUGAUGGAAAAUGGCAAACACCUCCACGCUGUCUUGAUUUACGAUGUGAACCUCCUCCUCAAAUUGGCAAUGGUGUACUAGAAAUUGAGAACCGCACAUUUUUUCCUGGUGAAGUUGUGAAGUAUACUUGCGUUUCAGGUUUUAAAGUUAGUCAAAUAAAUACUGUAACAUGUGAAAAUAAGAAAUGGUCUGAGCUACCUGUUUGCAAAGAAAAGUCAUGUGGUCCACCCCCGGAAAUCCACAAUGCUUCAUUGCAGCAAGAAGACAGAGAAGAAUAUGAUCCUGGAGAAAUAAUAAACUAUAAAUGCAAUCGAGGAUUUUAUGCUGAAGGCAAUGCUAGCAAAACAUGUAGCAAAGGAGAAUGGAUGGGAUCGUUCACUUGUGUUGACGCAACCUGUCCAGAACCCCCUACAGUUGAAAAUGCCGAAAUUGAAGAAGAUACAAUGAAGAAGUAUGUACAUGGCGAGAAAAUAAAUUAUCAGUGUAAUGAUGGUUUUGAAAUAUCUGGAUCAGGUUCUGUAAUAUGUACAAAAAAGAAGUGGUCACGCUUGCCAAGCUGUGAAGAUGUAAGAUGUUCUUCUCCCCCUCAAAUUCAAAAUGGUCGAAUUGUUAGUACAAUAAAGGAGAUGUAUUUGCCUCAGGAGAAGGUGCAGUAUCGAUGCAACCCACGUUAUGCUCUUCUUGGGUCUCCUUUCGUUAAAUGUUUGAAGAAACAUUGGUCACAAGCACCACGUUGUUCAGAUAUUGGAGGGAAAUGUGGACGCCCACCUCCUGUGGAGAAUGGAGACAUUGUGGACUCACCCAAGGCAAACUAUUUCCAGUCUGAAAGUGUAACUUAUCAGUGCCAAAAUCUCUAUACAAUGGAAGGUUCUCCCAGAGUGACUUGUCAUAAUGGUCAUUGGUCACAAACACCAACAUGUAGAGCUGCUUGUACAGCAAGUGAAGAAGAUAUGAGACAACACAAUAUAAGGCUGAAGUGGAUCAAUGGAGAUAAAAUAUAUUCCGCAGAUGGAAAUAUCGUUGAAUUUGAAUGUAUAAGACGCCAUAAACUACAUCCAAAUUCUGGCGCAUUAAGAGUUAAUUGUGUGAAUGGGGAAUUUGACUAUCCGCAUUGCAUUCCUAACCAAGUAAAUGAACAAGAGAACAUAUAGAGCAUCGUUGAAGUAGAAGAUGAGUGUCUGAAAUCAUAUAUCAUUCUCUUUAAUAUGUUCACAUGAAGCUGGAUUGUAUACAGUUAUAAACAGUGGAUCCAAACCUCAAAGCCUGUUCCGUAAAAGACAGAUUUUACCAACUGUAAUUACUGGGAAAAGGAUAAAUUUCUAGACCUUCUUUAAGCAGAUAAAAUACUAUAAUGUAACAUUAUAUAUAACAUCCCCUAAACUCCGCUGAAGAUGUUACCUAGCCUGGUAAUGAAAUAUUCAGAUACCAACACACAAGCUCGGAGAACGAACCUCUACCCUCAUAAUGUAACAUUAUAAAUACAUUUUUUAAAUGCAUCUGGAGUGAAGAAUGUAGAUUAUUUUCUAUAUAUAUUUUAGCUGUAAACAUUUGAUUAAUCUGAAUUAUCAAUCAGCAGCCAUUUUUAAAGCAAUGACAAUAGAUCAUUGAAAUAGAUGUUUUUACAUAUAGAGGUGUUAAGCUCUUUAAAAAAUAAAAAAAUCCAUAAAUGAUUUUUACUGUCACACAAUUUUAGUUUAUUUUGUAAAGAUACAUUUAAUACUCCAGUUCACAAUCUAAUCCAAGAUCCAGAAAGAGUGGCUCUGGAAAUAGCCUAAUCUACUUUGAUGUUCAGAAUCUGAUGGAGGUUCGGCCAGAUGGAUUUCUAUAAUUGUUUUUGUUUUGCUUUGUUUUUGUUUAUUUGUUUUUAUAGUACAAAAUUAUAUAUUUAUAAGUAAUUAAAGAUUAAAAUAAAGUUUAGAAAUUGG